CGCCCUUUAACUACUAUCCUGGGCUGCCUGAGGACAGCAUCACGGCCACCUCCCUCGAAGACGUUGGUCUGGGUGCUCACACCGACAUUCAAUCCUUCACGAUCCUAUGGCAGGACAUGAUCGGAGGUCUACAGGUCCGUCCCAAUGACUGAUGGUUCAUGGGUUAAAGCCCCUCGGAUCCCCGGAACCUUUGUUGUCAAUAUUGGCGAUUACCUUAUGCAUUUGAGCAAUGAUCGAUUCAAGUCCCCCUUCCACCGGGGUUUCAUGCGGACGACUUCUGAUCGCUAUUCCAUGCCGUUCUUCAUUGGCUUCAACUGCAACGAGGAAUUCUCUGUGCUCCCAAGUUACACCAGUGAAGAUAUGCCGGCAAAGUUAAACUAUAUCUACGUUCCUCCUAGAGCCCAAGGCGCACAUCCGGCAACUUGA